AUGGCCGCCGCCGCCGUUCCCGCCGCUGCUCCCGCCACUGCCGUCGCCCAGCCCACUGCCACCACCGCCGCUGAUCCCGCUGCCGCCGCCGCCGAUGCUGCCGGCCCCGUCGUCGUUGCCCCCGUGGGCACGGCGGCGGUCUUCUUGUUUCCCACGGCCCCCGUUAGCAAGGCCCACCUGCUGGCGAUCGAAGUGUAUGCCGUCUGCUCCUCCCGCAUAGAGGCGGCGCAGCUCGCCCUGGUCGUGCGGUUGUGCUGUGACGACUCCCUGCGGGAGACGGCGGCCUUCCUGGCCACGUACCUCAAGUUCCGGCGGUCGAUGCCCGCGCCCAUGAUCGACAUGAUCAUGGAGAGGACCAUGGGCAGCAACCUGCUGCAGACGGUGGCGGCGCGCCUCUUUAGCCUGCCCAACUCGAUGCGCGGUCCGCACGACCGCUGGUUCUUCAACCAGUUCUGGCCGCGCUUCUCGGACAACCCCGCCGUCGGCCCGCGCCUCUGGGAGGCCAUGAAGCGCCGCGACAUCGUGUCGUGGUUCGUGCUGUCGGACGAGGACCGCGCCCGGCCCGUGCCGGACCUGAUGCCCGUCAAGCAGGCGCUGCUCGCCUUCAUGGCCGAGAUCCCGGACGGCAGCGAGCCCGUCGACGGCGAGGGCGGCGUCGGCCCCCUCCGCGUCGACAUGCAGUCGGGCGCCGACUGGUACUACAUGCUCGGCUUCCACGCCUGCCAGGACCGGGCCCACCGCGCCGAGCUGUUUGACGCCUACGCCGCCCUCGCCCGCCAGCUGGUGCGGGAGCCCGCCCGCGGCCAGCAACAGCAGCAGCACCCUCAAGGGAAGGAGGGCGCCGUCUUCACCUUCCGGGACCUCUGGGUCGCCGUCCUGCGGGGCGGGGUCGUCGAGCUGCUGGGAAACGCCGGCCACGCGUCGCGCGUCCUGCACUUCCCGCCGCGCUUCUACCAGUUCAUGGCCAUGAGCCACCUCGCGCCCAAGGCGUCCGUCUGGCGCCUGAUGCAGGCCGUCAUCUGGGUCGAGGCGGUCACGCCCGACCUGUGCGCCCGCGAGGCCCACGACGUCGGCCCGCCCGUGCUCGAGUCCGACGAGGGCUGGGGCUUCGCGUGGUGCGCGCCGAGCCUGCGUAACAAGCUCGUCAAGUUCUACCGUCGCCUCAUCGGCAUGUUCGAGAACCCCUUGGAGAUCGAGCGCGGCCGCCAGUCGGGCAACUUCCUCAAGUGGUGCGAGGAGAACAACAACGGCGAGAUCCGCGUCGACAUCAAGCUCAUCCUGGCCGACGUCCUUCCGACCCGCAGCGCCUAG